AUCCGUCCCUCCUCUCUCGUCUCAUUUUGAUUACUCAACCUCUGACGCCACCUCCACUCAGAUUUAUUCAGAGGCAAUAGUGUCGUGAGGAAGAGAAUCGAUGGGGAAGGAGGUAUAUAGAAACCUUGUGAAAGCAGUGAAGAAACACGUAGGAAAAGAAGAGCACAAAGCCCAUUUCACCAAGUUUAUAAAGGAGGAAUUUCGGAAGAGCAUUAGCAAUGAAUCUGCUGCUAAGACGGAUCUUUCCUCCACACUUCUUCAGGAUAGAUUAAAGCUUGCCAAGGAUUACACCUUGCUGCUCAAUAGUGUUCACCAUCAAAAGGAGUUGCUAUUUUCUUAUAAUAUAGCCGUUGAUAGGUCGGAUGAGAUGAAAAAAGUAUUGGGUAAAUCUGCUGCCAGUGUUGGUCUCCAACUCCCUGAAGUUUAUCAACCAUGACAGCCACGCCAAACCAUUCAACACCCAAAACUUGAAACUGCCUCCCGAAUCAGAUGCAUUCAUAAAUUUGCAACUUGUGUAUGCACUCAAAUUCAAAGAAAGAAGAAACUCAAAUUCUGAUACUGUAAGGUUGUGAAGAUCCCAUUUGAAGUCAUAUUUUUGAUGUAGAUUUGGUAGAAACUGGUAAUGCACUUUUCUUCAUUACAAAAGGCAUUAAUAAAUGGCAUAUGUUAUGUGUCCAAGGGGAAGAAAAUUCUGUAUUACUU